AUGGCGAGUGGAGAAGACAGCCAGUCGCCUGUUGCACCACGCCAUGGUACCGUACUACGCAGGGUCGUCAACGGCAGUCAUAAGAAGCAGGUGACCCACUGGAAAGCCAAAAAGUUCCAUCCAUGCUAUUAUGUCAUCGUGUCGCUAUGUUACCUGCUGAUGCUGAUAACAUCGCCUUUCUCAUGGUACUUCUGCUUAAAGGCGGUCAAGGAAUAUGAAGUAUUAUCCAUUUUCCGCCUUGGCAGACUACUUCCGCCCAAGAAAUCAGGUAUUAACGUAAUUUUACCGUGUAUUGACAACUGGACCAUUUGCGACAUGAGGACUCGUGCAUUCAACGUACCGCCCCAACAGAUUUUAACUCAAGAUAAGGCUACUAUCUCUAUUGGCGCAUCCAUCUAUUAUCGUAUUCAUGAUGCAAAUACCUCUAUAAUGGCAACGCAGGAUCUAAAUUGUUCAUCACGAACAAUCGCUCAAACUUCUGUCAAAAAUAUUCUUACAACAAAAACUGUACAGGAAAUUGAAUCGAAAUUGCCACAUUUAAAUGAUGAAAUUCAAAUUUCAUUAAACAAGGAAACAACGCUAUGGGGUAUGGAAAUCCAGCGAGUUGAGCUAACUUUGCCCCGAGUUCUACGACGCCAAGAUGAUACUUCCAACCCAAUCUUAUUACCCGAUUACGCAUAUACUCCAAAAACUGACAUCAAUUUUGUUUCUCCUGGUUAUAAUACUACCUAUGUUACUCCUGGUCACAACACUAUUAACUAUGAUUCUACCGCAUUGGAAAUGUUAAAUACAAGCAGUAAAUCACAUGUAGAUUCCACUGAAGCCUACAACGCGAAAGAAAAUGUAAAGGCGCGCCUUUCACCACAUGAUAUUAUUACAGCUAUAGAUGGCUUAUGUAACAGAAUCCAUGUUGCUAAUGUAGGAGCUGUUUACCAAUUAGAUUUAGAGAUAUCACGAGGUGUUACGGAGACUUAUUACAUUGAUUUAAAAUAUGGAGAUGGAUCUGCUGGUGUAGGAAAGCCAAGAAAUUGUAAACCUGAUUGUAUCAUCAGUAUAUCAGAAGAAGACAUGGUAGAUUUAUUUACGAGGCAGAUAUCUGCUAAAAUGGCUUAUAUGCAAGGUAGACUAAGAGUAUCUGGUAACAUAGGCUCAGCAAUGAAGUUAGAGAGUUUCCUAUCUUCAUUGGCUGAGCGCGUGGUAUAA